AUGUCAAGAGCGCCCCUCGCGACUCCUUCUACAGCACCAGCACCAGCAGCCAACAUUGCCCGGCGACAGUCGUCCUCCUGGCGCUCCUCCAUACAGUUGCUCGCUCCUCCUCCUCCUCCUCCUCCUCGCCCCGCCCCUCAGCUCGCAUCCGCCCCGCCCGACCGCAUCCCCGAUGCAGUCACAGCCCGCAGCUUAUCGAGCAUUUCGUCAGCGGCAUUGGGAGCGAGCGAGCGAGCGAGCCCUCGACCAGAAGAUCACUCGCAGGGAAGGCAAGGCAGACGCCCGCGGCCUCGACGAGCAACGCAGACGAGGAGCGUCGAGCGGCCCGUUGUCGGACCGGCCAGCCCAGGGAACGACGACCGACGACCGACCGACGCCGGUAAACUGGCACGCUUUCCCGGCAAUCGAAAGGCCCGGUCUCAGGGCCAGCAGCGUCGGAGGCCGGGACGCUUUGAGCGAGAACCGGUCCUACGACGCACGUGGGGUAAUGCGAUGCAAUGUCCCGGUCGUGGCCAGCCCUGGACGCUAGUACGGUUCCAAUCGCCUCCAUGGGCAUGGACGUCAUGA